CUCGAGAUCAGGGUAACUUUAGUUGUCGAAUGCGCCAUGCUUCCCAAUUUAUGGUUUCCAUUUGGUUCAUUGUCUUACAUUCCUCAUUAGUAUGGCUGACGAUGCUGAUCGAAAUGUUUGGGAUGUUCUUGGCGUGUCAAACGGCGGCGAUCGUGUGGUCAUUCAAGGAAGAGAGCAAUCUUUGUGCUCUAAUGGGAUUCACGUGGGUGAAACGGAGAAAGAAAACUCUGCUGGUAAUCAAGAAGCAUCCCCUGAUGAGAAGGGUACCGCUGCACCACGAGUGAUCGAUAUCGCGGACGUAUCUUGCUCCAACGAUGUCCCGGAUGAUUCUCUUCAAAAUGGUGGCAAUAGUGUAGAGAAGAUCAUUCAAAGAUAUGCGGACCGAAAUAAGUUCGUGAAGAUUUUAGCGGAUAACUUAAAACAAUCCCCCGCAGUAAAAGCUGAAACUCGCUAUAACGGCGAACAAGUGGUGUUACAACGCGAAAUUCCGAUGGGAGAUGUCAAUGGCGUGACUGAAUCAACUGUCCAGGUUGUAAGGAAAAACCUGAACGUUGAAUAUCAUGACGUGACUCUAGCUGCCACGACCCUCAACAACGAAAGCUCUGAACCAGCGUCAGAAUUGAGAAAUGAACGUUCUGUAUUCGAACAUAUCAACAACAACUUUCGAUCUGCCGCUACCUUCGCUCAAAACCGCAUCGUCGAGACUGUACCAAAUGGGAAAGGAUCGGCGAAGGACGCUCGUCCGACAGCAGUGGAAGAAAAACAGAAGGCGUCGAAUACCGCAACGGAAGAAAGUAAUGUCCGUGAACAUGUAAAGGUUACCUCCUACUUUAAACAGCAAAUUCAAAGAACGACUUCUAUGGAAGGAAACAGAGUGUUUCCUUUUUCUGAAAAACUCAGACAGUUAACAUCUAUAAACAAGGAACUUGGAAGUAGCAUGCCUCCUGCGGUGCAGCCUUUGAGAACGGGUUAUGAUGCUGUUACUUCCGGUCGGCCCCUACAACAAUUUCCACAGUUAAACGCGUCCAACAUGCGAUCAAAUGCCAUCCCAGCGCGUGUUAUAAACGGGCAGGCUAACCCUGUUGGGACUCAAGUGAUAAUUCCGACAGGGCGGACUAAGGUGGACUCGAAUUUAAUAUUUCCUUCAGUGACUCCGAUAAAAUACGUCAAUCCAGCAUCAGGGUCGAUAAGUGUUAAAAAUACGUAUCCCAAUCAGGUUCCUACGUCUGGAUAUAACGGCAAUACGAAUCCCGUGGCUAUUCAACCUUGUACUGUAGAUAAACCUGACCUGAUCAGUUUAGACUCCACGGGGAUUACUAGUGAAAAAGUAAACGUUGACAGAACUCAGACCAAUAUAGCAACAACUCAUCUGAUUGGUCCUUUUAUCGGUACUGGCACUCCUCCCCCGAAUACCUACAUUGCAGCUAUUAGACCUGUGCAUUCACAGCCAUUGGCGAACGGAUUGCAAUCCCCAACGGGCCCACAAUUGCAAGCUGUUACUUCUCCUGUUAAGGGACAAGUAAUGGUGUUACCACUGCUUUCACCUGCAGGAAUACCUUGUGGUGUGAUACCUCCACCUGUUUCCGUGACUGCUUUGGAGAGAAACAAUUUACCGAUUCGAACGCAUCCAGACUUAAUUUGCCCUGAGAGACUUACAUCUUCACCCGAUAUACCGGAGAGGACGUUUCGACCAGUUUCCCCUGGUAAAUGUGUAAUCAAUGCCGGUAUUUCUGGCCAUACGCGAGUUUCGCUUCAACCACCGAAUAAUUUCCGUUCUUUACCACCUCAAACUGGAUAUUCAAUCUCCCCGAGAACAAAUAGUCUUAACAGAAUGGGCUCUGUGGAAGAGGAGCUUGCGGAUCAAUCUUACGAGUGUGCCUUGCGUGAGUCGGCAAACAGCCCUGACAUAGAAAGGUACUUAAGCUGCGAGUCACCUAUUACGGUUCGGAGUUCUUCAAACAGCCAACAAAUUGAAAACGUUUGUGAAAUCAAUACUGACGAAUCGAUUGUUUCGCCUCAUGUGGUAUGCAAUGGGGAUUUGAAAGGUGUUGACAAUCCUCCUUCAAAUUGGGAACAAAAUGUAAGUGAAUGCGUGGAAGAAUAUGUAGAAGAAAGUGUAAAUUGCCUUGGGGAAUGCCUGGAAGAGCGUUCUCCCGUUGAUAAGACAGGUGUAGAAAACGUUGAAGACGUAGAAUAUGUCGAAGACGUAAGAAACGUUAAAGACGUAGAAAAUGUUGAAGACGAAGAAAAUGUUGAGCACGAAGAAAGUUUCGAAGACGUAAGGAACGUUAAAGAUGUAGAAAAUGUUGAAGAAGAAGAAAAUGUUGAAGACGUAAGAAACGUUGAAGACGUAGAAAAUAUUGAAGACGAAGAAAAUCUUGAAGACAUUGGUGAAGACAAGGGAAGUAACUCCAAGAAAAAGCAAAACAAAGCAAUGAUUCGCCGCCUUGAGCCCAGGCUUCCAUCGCCUGUCCGUGAAACCAGCGUUGGGGACUUGUACCGAGACCCAAGCCAAUUAACUCGUGAAGAAAGAGCUUUACAAAGAGCAAUGAUGCAGUUUAGUGAAAUGGAAAUGAAAGAGAAAUGUAAAGAAAUGAGGAAGAAAGACUCAUUCAAAAGGCGGCUACGGAAAAGACACAAGGAAAAAUCAACUUUACCAAAUGAUGGAAAGAAACAAACAGCAACAAAGGUGUGGAUAAAGAAAUUUAAGCGGAGACGGCUUUGGUUUUCUCAGAGGAGAAGUAUAAUGGUGAAGUCUACAGGCCAAGAGGACAAUUCAGCGGUGACUAGCAGUGAAAAGCAGACAGCAACUGUCACAAAGAAGCGGAGAACCAGCUUAUUGCAGAAUAGUGAUGAGCAACCCAAGUUGAAACGAAAUCGUGUGGAAAGAGAGAAACGAGCUUUUGUUCCCAAACCAAAGGAUGCCCCACAAGAAGCAGCUGUUUUACCGAAGCAACAAACCACGAACAAACCUGUGAAAUUGAAAAGAAGCUCGAGCGAAACCUGUGAUCCUAAGGAUACCAAAAAGGAGAACGUUCCAGAAAAACAUUUAUGCAAAAGACCCUCAACCCCCGUUGAAAUGGGGAAAAAAGCUGUUAAACGUGCGAAAGUAGAGAUAGAGCCGCUGCGAGUGAACAAGCAGGAAGUUGUUGUGGACAAAAACGCUAAAACUGACCGAACUCACCGUGUUACCAAGACGUACAUGUUGGUCACGGCGUAUCAAGGUUUUAGGGAUUUCAAGCCAGUGGUUCUCGAAUCUCGGACGCGUGGAAAGUCCAAGCAGACGGAUGGUGAAGGCCAACCAGACAAUGAUAAGAGUACCACAAAGACGUCUGAGUUCCCUCUGCUGGUGGUUGAAAGUGUCAACUCGAAACCUAUCAGAAAAAGUAUCAUCGCUGAGAAUGAGGAGGUCCAACAACUUGUAGAGAAUUCUCUAAAAGCACGCGGAAAGUGGGAGUUGGAUGACUCUGUCGAAGAGAAAACCAGUGAUGAUGAUACCUUGAGAGAGGCCAAGAAGUUGAAUGUGAAUCGCAACACAGGGGAAACCAUAUUGCACAAAGCAGCUCGAUUAGGAUACCACGAAACGGUUCAUCACCAUAUCCAUCAAGGUGUCGACCCGAACGCCAAAGACAACGCUGGCUGGACGCCGUUACACGAGGCUUGCUCUAGAGGCAAAGUUGAUGUCGUCAAGGUGCUUGCCAAGUACGGUGCUGAUGUAAACGCCUGCUCUAAUGAUGGCAUUCGGCCCAUUCAUGACGCGGCAGAAGGAGGUUACGUGGAUGUGCUUAGGGUUUUGUUAUCGUACGGUGCAGACCCAAAGCUUGCAACGUACUCCGGGAACAGCGCCCUUACUUGCACUAAAGACUCCAACACCAGGGCUUUCCUAGAAGGUUUUCUCGAGGAUGUUGAUUUGAAGAACCCUCCGAUGACUGCAACAGAAACUGAGGGAUGCUGGGAAUUUGAUGGAUCAUGUGCUGUCAUGGAUGAGUCACUGGAUCACAUGUCUGGAAUAUUUGAGGGAGUUCCUAAGAUUGAAACUGUCCCGGAUGGAGAGUUUGAAUUAAGUGACAGACCUCACCUUCCAACCUACAAUCUGCCAGUUAUGGUGAAUGAUGAAUUAACUUCUGGGCGAAGAAAUUACUUCCUCCUAUCUGAUGUCUUGGAGCAUCUUGGAAUAAGCCGAGGGGCUCUGAUUAAAAAGGCGAAAAGAUUAGACAUACGAGAAAUGCCCUGGUCCCAGUUUAUGGCAGAAAUUGCCGACAGACCCCUUUGUGUUGUGCCAAAACAUACCCCAGCGGAUAGCAGCACCCAUGAGGCGAUGGCGGAACUUGUACCUAUAAACUACAAUCUUAGGAGACUCCUAAACAUUAGAGUGGAAUCCGUUCACAUGACCUGAAAUCAGGAAGCAUCCACCAUAUCGGAACCAAAGUCGGGCGCUAAGGGUCACCUCUCAGCUCUUUAGAGAUAAAUGCCGUUCACAAAACGGAUAUGAAACCUCUCCGAUCGGCUUGAAGAGGAAGCGAAUGAUCUGAUGAUGCGAUUUUAAAUAAUGUUCCCUUUAAAUGGACGUAAAUCAUCGCUGUUACCGUUGGAAGUAUGUUCGCAAGCACAUUUAAAUUGUUGUAAUAAGCUCUCGGCCAGUAGAACAGCAGAGUUGUCGUUAAUUUUGCAGUUUAGUUCUCGCCGAUAACCAAAGGGAUUGAAGGUUAAGGGUUGUCGACUGUAAGAACUUUUUGGUGGGGAAAAGACAUUUUCCCAAUGUUUUGCUGAGUUUUGUAUGUAAGGAUGGGCAUAGUUACGUUUGUAAAAGAGAAAGGUCACGAGUCUAUUUUUAUACAUUUCCUUUGGACAUGAGCAGGAAAAAAAGGAGCGAAACAAUUUGCUUUCCAACAUCAUUGUAUCGAGCCAGUGGUGGAAUGAGGAAACAUUUUGUUGUCGUGUCUGGUGUUUCCUUUGCCAAUAAGUUGCCGUAACUUAAAAGUGAAAGAUAGCAAGAAAAUGAAGAAUUAAAAAAAUAGUUUUUAUUUGUAAA